AAGCACAUUGCAACCUGAGUUUCUGUCUGCCCCUUUGUCUCUGCUCUUAGAAACCUUUGAAAAGGAAAAAAAGAGAGGAGAGGCAAAAUGGAUUCCAGAUUCAACAAAACCCUCCUCCUCACUGUGUCUCUCUCAUGUCUCCUCCUCUCCUGCAACGCAACCCGCGUUCUCACCAUCCCUCCCAUCGGUGCCCCAGCCCAAUCAAAGGCCACGGCCUCCGCCCUGGUUGGCAGCCUCUUCUCUGUCGCAAGCGCCACCAACAAAAUCAACCCUGUGAUCACCGGAUUUUGCUCCGGAACAGAGAGCCCUGCCCUCUGCGCCAAAACUCUAGCCCCACUUUUGCUUCAAGGUGCUUUCGACCCCUUAAAGGCUCUUGAGACGGAAAUUGAAGCCACCAUGAAGCAGGCUCAGACCGUCACCGGUAUCAUCCUUAAGAAGCUUGCUGACCACAACACCCCAAAAGCGGCCCUUGACGCCCUCCACAUCUGCAAGGACCAGUACAGUGAUAUCUUGGACACCAUCAAGGAAGCUUUGGAGUUGAUUCCCCAGCACAAUGUGGUGGAUGCUUACUACAAGUUCAGCUCUGUGAUUUCAAACAAGUGUACCUGUGAUGAUGCUUUCACAGAGUCUCCUGGAGUUGAGAAUCCUUUGGUUAAUGAAUCACUCACUUUGUUCCAGUUGGGUGGGAAUUGCCUUGCCAUCAUGGACGCGCUUGUUAACCACAGCAGGUUGUAAAUUUGAAUGCGUGAGAGAGUGUGGAAGGUGGUGACCGGUGAAGUGAUCAUUAUUAUGUAACCAUGUUUUGUACACUUUUACUUGUGUAAGGUUGUCCAUGCAUGUAUGGUUUAUGAUACUGUUAUCCUCACCAGAGAUUUGAAGAUUACUUGAUUAUUAUAAAUAUUACCUUUACUAA